UGGAAGUGCAACGUGUCGAAGACAUCUGAGACCUGUUCGAUCUCUAUCAUUAACUCACACGGAUCCGGAACUUCUCAAGGAAAACGCCGAAAGUUACUAAACGGACACAAAAUGUCUGGGAUUAAAAAGCAGAAAACGGAUCUUCAGAGAGCGACCAAUGUUGUGUACCAGGCUCAUCACGUGAGCAGGAGCAAGAGAGGUCAAGUUGUAGGAACCAGAGGAGGUUUCCGGGGUUGUACCGUCUGGUUAACAGGUCUGUCUGGAGCAGGAAAGACCACAGUUGGGUUUGCUUUGGAGGAGUAUUUAGUUUCCCAUGCCAUCCCGUGCUAUUCACUUGAUGGUGACAAUAUUCGACACGGGUUGAAUAAAAACCUGGGCUUCACAUCAGCGGACAGAGAGGAAAACAUAAGACGCAUAACUGAAGUGGCGAAGCUGUUUGCCGACGCUGGUCUCGUUUGCAUAACGAGCUUCAUUUCUCCAUUUGCGAAGGACCGAAAUGAGGCCAGAAGAAUCCAUGAAAGUGCAGGGCUGCCGUUUUUUGAGGUGUUUGUAAAUGCCCCAUUAGAGGUGUGUGAGAGCAGGGAUGUCAAGGGUCUCUACAAGAGAGCCCGUGCUGGAGAGAUUAAAGGUUUUACAGGGAUAGACUCUGACUAUGAGAAGCCAGAGACACCCGAACUUGUGCUGAAGACAAAUGAGCUUACAGUGAGUGAGUGCAUUCAAAUGGUGGUGGAGCUCCUGAAGGAACAGGGUAUUGUACCCACUGGUGUGACAGAGGAAGUAAAUGAGCUCUUUGUUCCUGAAAACAAGCUGGACUUGGCAUUGAGUGAUGCCAACGCAUUGCCCACUAUAAGCAUAACAAAGCUGGAUCUCCAGUGGGUUCAGGUCCUAGGUGAAGGUUGGGCCACCCCUCUGAAGGGCUUCAUGAGGGAGAGGGAGUUUCUGCAGGUCCUACACUUUGGAACCCUGUUGGAUGGUAUGUUGUUAACAGAUGGGACUAUCAACUUGACGGUACCCAUUGUCCUGCCGGUGUCUACAGAGGACAAAACCAGGCUGGAUGGGUGUGCUGCAUUUGCUCUGGAGUUCAAAGGUCGUAGAGUCGCAAUUCUACGUAACCCCGAAUUUUACGAGCACCGGAAAGAGGAGCGGUGUGCUCGCCAGUGGGGGACAACGUGUCCGCAGCAUCCGUACAUUAAGAUGGUCAUGGAAGGAGGUGAUUGGCUGGUUGGUGGUGACUUGGAGGUACUUGAACGAAUAAAAUGGAACGAUAACCUUGACCAGUACCGCCUCACUCCAAGGGAGCUCAGACAAAAGUUCAAGGAAAUGAAAGCAGAUGCAAUCUUUGCCUUCCAGUUGCGCAACCCUGUGCACAACGGGCAUGCCCUUUUGAUGCAGGACACCAAACGUCGGCUCCUGGAGAGAGGUUACAAAAACCCCGUGUUGCUGCUGCACCCUCUGGGCGGCUGGACCAAGGAGGAUGACGUGCCCCUGGACUGGCGCAUGAGACAGCACGCUGCCGUUCUGGAGGAAGGCGUCCUGGACCCAGCCAGCACCAUUGUGGCAAUAUUCCCAUCACCUAUGAUGUACGCUGGGCCAACUGAGGUGCAGUGGCAUUGCAGAGCAAGAAUGAUUGCUGGUGCCAACUUUUACAUCGUUGGCCGUGAUCCAGCAGGCAUGCCCCACCCCGAGACCAAGCGCGACCUCUACGAGCCCACCCAUGGUGGAAAGGUACUUACUAUGGCUCCUGGCCUUACCUCUGUGGAGAUCAUUCCUUUUAGAGUUGCAGCAUACAAUAAAGUGAAAAGGGCUAUGGACUUCUACGACAAGGAACGCCAUCAUGAGUUCGAGUUCAUAUCUGGGACCAAAAUGAGGGCCCUAGCACGCAGUGGAGAGAACCCGCCUGAUGGCUUCAUGGCGCCCAAAGCUUGGAAGGUCCUCACAGAGUAUUACAGCUCCAUUCAGAAGGACCAAUAAGCAAACCAGGGAAAUAAGAAAAAAGAUUUAGUCGAGUCAGAUAGAGUAGAGUUCCAUUUUAUCCUCUAUUAAUCCUCAUAUUUUAACAUGUAGUGUAAUGUAUAGAUGUUAAGUGUGACAUUUAGAAGAAGAAUUCAAAUUUUGACAUUUGAGAUUGGUUUUUCUUUUAUUGUAGUAUGUCCCUCAUGAGCAAAGUGCCUUGACGUUUCUAACAAGCAGAAAAACAAAGUAGCCCCUAAAAUGAUAGAGACCACGCCUAAGCCUACCUCACCUGGAUUAAACAUUUGUUCAAAUUUCUGUUUUAGUUUGAGAAGCCCAUUGUUGGUAAUACUGCAGUUUAGUCAUAGAAGAACUUAUGAGAAAUGUUUGAGAAAUUUGCGUAUAGGAAAUGAAUGUUAUUCCCAAACUAAAAGCUGUGAGUGAUUACCAACACAGGCUGGGGACCAUACACUGAGCCUGAUACUCAUGUGUGCCUUGAUAUCUUUUAGAUAACAGUGUCACUGAGCUGCACAUCAUCAAAUUAUGUGUUGUUUUAACUAUGCAAAAUGUUGUCAUGUCUUUCUUAUGGAAUCAUAGUUUCAUGGGUGAGAGACCCUUGUGUGAAGGACCAAAAACAUAUUUAUUGGCCUGUGUUUUAUUUUAGUAACAAAAAAUAUAUUUAUUAUAUGACCUUUAUCGUAAACUCAUUUUAACAUGAGUUGUGAAAUAUGUGCACAUUUGUUUUAAUAUGAAGAUUUUCCAGAAAUUCACUGUUGACACAACCUUUUGAAAUAUGUACUGGGUGGUUGUUACUUUUAAUAAAAUACAGUAGUAGUGAAAUCCAAAGUGUCCAGUUAAUAUACAGUGCAUAAAUUAAAAUGUUUAACAUUACAUUUGCUCAAACUUACUCUUUUUUUUUUGCACUUUUUCCAAAAAAAGUCUCAUUACAAAUUACAAAAGAACACUAAAACUGAUACUAAUCCUCAAUCAAACAGCAGUUCUGUAUGUAACCAAUCCCAUUAGUUCAAAAGUUU